AUGCUCGUAGUCAGUCGAGCCUCAUCCCAACCACACACGCAACAGCAUCAGCUAACAGGCGCGCCCCAACAGACAAAACACGCUGCUGAGCUUUGUGCUCUCCUAGUCAACGACCUCUAUGGCGAACUGCCCUCGCGUAUCCUGAUUGCGCUUUUGACCAAGGGCCGCUCGACGAUCUCCCAACUGGUCCAACAUACCGCCCUUACUCCGCGAUUCUUGCGAAAUGGUCUCGCCGUUCUAAUCCAGCAAAAUUUGCUCUACCACCAUACCGACCCCGACACCGACGUCACGAGCUACCAGGCCAACGCUGAUGCUUGCUACAACCUUGUGCGAUCCGGCAAGAUUCUGGAUAUUAUCGAGCGCCAAUAUGGCACCGCAGAACGAGAGCUGGCGCAGACUCUCAUGCUUCUGGGCCAUGCCCGCAUUGCAGACCUUUCCCACGCUUUCGGGUCCCGAGCACCCAAGACCAAUGGACAAACGAACGGUGAUCAUGAGUCACAUGAUGGGCUCAUUGAGUCAGAAAGUCACUUGAACUCUGUUCUUGUUCGUCUCAUUCGGGCCGAGAUUGUCGAAACUGUGCGCCCAGAGAGCUUUCGCAACCCCCAGGAUGUAUACCGCGAAAUCAAGGACUCUGUCAUCAAGACGCGACCAGGCGAAAAAUCCGUCUUUACAAAGACCCAGGCACAGGAGGAGAUUCAAAAACGCUACCGCACAUUUAGAGACCAGCCCCGGGUCCUGAAGCGUCAACUCGACAUGAGCAGUGACUUUAGUGGACCCAAGAGACGGAAGCUCACGAACGGGUCAGCGCAAAAUGGACAUGCAUAUGACGAUGAUGCGCCGCGUUUGAACCCUAACGUAGUUGUCCGUCUGAAUCAUUCGAGAUGCCUGGUCGAGUUGCGCAACCAGCGCCUGGCCAAUUUUGCGGCAGAGAUGCUUGGUGAGGUCACCGGUGAAGUCUAUCGCACCGUCUUAGACCUCCUAUCUGCCGAGUUCUCGAGGUGUCAGCCAGAUCCUCUAAUUGAUGAGCUUACCGCUGGUCAACAGACAGCAGUUACAACUGUGGAUAUCUUUGAACACCUUGACAAGUCUGUCAAUGUACAGUCUGGAAUUGGCAAGACUCCCAAGGACAAGAUUGACUCUGAGAGUGCCGAACGGGUUAGAGAGACAGCUCCGGACACGGAUGAUGACUCUGAUGAUUCAGAUGCUGGCCCUCCAGGCCGCAAAAGGAUCUUCGACGCGGACGAGGAGGAUGAGUGGGCAGAUGACGAUGAUCAAAAUGGCGAAGCCACCAACGGCGAGCGAGAGAGCAAGGUUCGAUUUGAGGAUGCUGCCAAUGGCGCUGCCAACGGCACCGAUAGCCGCAUCUCUCAGAUGCGACGACAUCUAUUACUUCUCGCAGAGAGCAAGCAUCGAUUUAUCCGACACUGUGGGACAUUCGGUCGCGGUCAGUGGACGGUAGACUUUACCCGGCUGAUGACACAUCUACGGGAGACAGAGCUCGAUGCCAUCAUUGAGCAGUCCCAUGGCCGCCAUGGGCUGCGUCUGACACGCAUUCUACGAGAAAAGGGCAAGCUCGAUGAGAAGAUGCUUCCAUCUGCUGCGCUUAUGAAGAAGACGGAUGUCCAGGGGAAAAUGCUUGCGAUGCAGAUGGCAGGGAUUGUGGAUGUUCAGGAAGUGCCUAAGGAUAGCAGCCGCCUUGCCAACCGGACCCUGUUCUUCUGGUAUUUCGACAAGGAGCGAGCACAGACUCAGGCCUUGGACGACAUCUACAAGGCCAUGCUGCGAUGUAUGCAGACGCUCCAGGUAGAGCGGCACAAUCAGCGGAACAUUCUUUCGUUUGUGGAGCGAGAAGACGUCCAGGGCAAGGAGGAGGAGGUCAUGACGACGGAGCACUACAACAAGUACAACAAACACUUGGAGGUGCAGAGCAAGCUUCUUGGGCAGGUCAUGCGGUUGGAUGAGUUGGUGUCUGUCCUUCGCGACUAUUAA